AUGACGACCGUACUGGCUAUACAGCCUGCGUUGCCUCGCGCGACACCGGUUCCUAUUGCUGCCGCUCGUCCACGCAAACAACAGAAGCUCGCCUCGCCGGGGAAAGAGAACGUUGUUGCCAACAAACCGACCUCGACCAACGGACCUGUUUCUAACAUACGAUCACGAAGGGAACGCCCUUGCGACGCGUGCAGGAGGAGGAAGAGCCGUUGUGUGAUUCACGAAGGUGCCGCCUUGUGUGUUCUGUGCGAGUUCCACAAGCAAGAGUGCACCUUCGUGCAGAGCCCACUACCCAGGAAAAGGAAGGUUGUCGACGGUGAUAAGAAGGACUCACCCAACGUCUCCAAAAAGAGGUCUGUUGAUGCAGAGCCACCCCCACUAGCACUCGCAACGCCCACCAUCACUGCAACUGCGCCAAGUCCCCCACCGCCCCAGCCGUUGCUGGCGGCAAACAUCCACCUGCCUCAACUGGGUGAGACCUUGGGUCUGCAGCGUCGCCAGCACAGCAGGUAUAUCGGGUUAAGCUCGCCGUUUGAUCCUACACUUAUCGGUCUGUCGCACUUCGAUAUCCGCAACGAGUCCACUUUCGAUCUUGGCACACUGCGACGAGUAAAUGAUCAUGAAUGUUUCAUUAUGCUUCCUGACGAACACACCCAAGACCAUGCUGAAGAGGCGAAUUAUCUGAGCCAUGUUGAGCAGCUUGUUCAUCCCCAUGGUCCCGCACUUCUUGACAUCUACUUCCAGGUGGUCCACCCAAGCUAUCCCAUCAUCCAGAAGCACCUCUUUAUCGAACGGUAUCGAACAGGCGACAGAAGCUUUUCGCCCGCCCUGCUAGCUGGAAUGUAUAUCUUGGCUCUUAACUGGUGGUCGUUCGAUCCUAAGCUUGCAAACUACUCGAAGCCAGAUGCAGCUCGUUUGGAGGCGAUCGCGAUGAGGUCGCUUACUCUAGCUAUGGAGCGGCCAAAGCUGUCCGCAGUCCAGGCAGGGCUACUGUUGUUACAACGUCCAGAUUCAGAUUCGUGGAGUCUGACAACGCAGUUGGUAGCGAUUGGGCAGGAGCUAGGCCUUCACCUCGACUGCACAUCUUGGUCCAUUCCUCACUGGGAGCGUGGUCUGAGGAAGCGCAUUGCGUGGGCGCUAUAUAUGCAGGAUAAGUGGAGCUCGCUUAUCCACGGGCGACCGUCGCAUAUUUUCAACGCAAACUGGGCAGUGAAGCCAAUUACGGAAGACGAUUUCAACGAGGAGGGAGACGGGUACGAGACGCGACAGGAUGAAACAGAAGAAGAGGAAGAAGAAGCCCAACGAAGCCGCGUUUUGUUCGCCCAGAUGAUCAGUCUUACCCAAAUCAUGGCGGAGGUUAUGGACACUUUCUACACCCAGACAGCGAUCCAGGAUUUUGCGAACGCCGGACGGAAGUCGACAGAGUUGAUCUUGGCGCGGGCAAAGCCCGUCCAGAUCAAACUUCGCCAGUGGCACGAGCGGCUGCCUACAGAGGUUAAGAUGCAUACGCCGAGCAAAAGCAAAUUGAUCUCGACUGGAUACCUGCAUCUCGCUUAUUUCGCAACCGAGAUCACCCUCCACCGCCGAAUCGUACAGUCGCUUGACACGAAGGAGCCUGAUAAUUACGGCCUUUUCAUGUGCCGCAACGCCGCAAAGACACGUCUCAUCUCUGCCAUGGACUUCGUCAACCGCCUAAAGCCUGAGCACCUCCAGGCCUUCUGGUUCUUCGCGUCGAAGGUGAACUUCACCCUCAUUGGCACAUUCGGUUCGCUUCUUUGGGCGACAGCGCCAGCGUCUGAAGAGGCUGAGUUCUAUAAGCUCAGACUUCGCGAAUACCGCUGGACACUAUCCGUCUCUUCAAAGCGCGCAGACUUCCUUGAGUACGCGGUAUCGAUGCUCGAUGCCAGCCGUGCCAUGCUCAAUAACCUCGCUGAGAAGCCCAGCUUGGCUGAGCACAUCAGCAAGGUCGGUGUUCCGCCUCCGGCACCCCCGAUGAUGUACCCGGUUAUGAGACAGCAGUUCGAUGACGGCGAGGACAUGCACAUGAAUGAUGACGGCGCGAGUUUCGAGGGUUUCGAUGAUGAGUCGCAAUACGGGAGUCGACCCGGCAGCGGUGCGCAUUCACCGCGUUCCCAGUAA